GCCGAGGCGAGAGGCAGAGCGCGCGCACAGACACGGUGACGCCAAACUUCAUUUAUAUUAUAGCGAAGUGAAAGUUUACCUGAAGAUCUGCAGAGCUGCAGACCUGAUUUAACACUUGUGAAUGUACCUCCGGAGUUUGAUCGGAUCAGCUUUCGAUUCGGCGUUAAAUCAAGAACCUUAAAUCCACCUUAAAAUAAGUUUUAGCAGUAUUGUCUCAGGCAGGCAGCAGUGUUAGCAAAUAAAUAACGACUGUUUGAAUUUAAUGCAAAUGUUCUGCUUUGCUCGGCCCACUGUUGCCAUUUAACAGUACAUUACUACAUUGAAGUAAUAAGCUAAGUUUGUAGGAAUAGUCUCGUUUUAUGUUUAGAGUUAAAAUCAUCCCCACUUUAAAUUUGUUGUUUUCUGAAUGGACUUCCGUGUGACGCUGUCCCGGUGUCAGAGAACGGAAUGUGUUGUCGGGACAUGGCAGAGUCCUCGCGUCGUGAACAGGAGACUCACACAGGACAGGAGGAGGAGGAGGACACGGUGUCCACAGGCUGCUACUACUCAGAGUUUCAAACACGCUGGUGAGAAGUGAAGCAGAUGUGAAACAUCACUGAGGACAGCAGACAUGGAUUUAUUCAAACUGCAGAAGGUGGAGGAUUUCUAUGAAAUUGGUGAAGAGCUGGGAAGCGGGCAGUUUGCCAUCGUGAAACAAUGCAGGGAGAAAAGCACCGGUCUGGAAUUUGCCGCCAAGUUCAUCAAGAAGCGUCAGAGCAUGGCGAGCUCUCGAGGAGUGCGGCGGGAGGAGAUAGAGCGGGAGGUGGACAUCCUGCAGAAGAUCGAGCACCCCAACAUCGUCACGCUGCACGACGUCUACGAGAACCGGACGGACGUGGUGCUGAUCCUGGAGCUGGUCUCUGGAGGGGAGCUGUUUGACUUCCUGGCACAGAAGGAGUCUCUGAGUGAGGAGGAGGCCACUCAGUUCAUCAAGCAAAUCCUGGAGGGAGUCAACUAUCUCCAUGCCAGGAAGAUCGCCCACUUUGACCUCAAGCCUGAAAACAUCAUGCUGCUGGACAAGAACGUGCCGUUACCGAGAAUCAAACUCAUUGAUUUCGGUCUUGCCCAUAAAAUUGAAGCUGGUGUUGAGUUCAAAAACAUCUUUGGAACACCGGAGUUUGUAGCACCAGAGAUCGUCAACUAUGAGCCGCUGGGAUUAGAAGCAGACAUGUGGAGCAUCGGGGUCAUCACCUACAUCCUGCUGAGCGGUGCUUCACCUUUCCUGGGGGAGACCAAACAGGACACGCUGGCAAACAUCUCGGCUGUGAACUAUGAGUUUGACGAGGAGUUCUUCGGUCACACCAGCGAGCUGGCCAAGAAGUUCAUCAGCCAGCUGUUGGAGAAGGAUAAGAUGAAGAGAUUAACAAUUCAAGAUGCUCUCAAUCAUCCGUGGAUCAAGUCAAAUGAGCACAAGGAGGAAAACAAAGCCAAGGAGCUGAAGAAACGGGAGCGACGCCAGCUGAAGACCAAGCGCCUGAGGGAGUACACCAUCAAGUCCCACUCCAGCAUGCCACCCAACAACACCUAUGUAAACUUUGAGCGCUUUGCCCAGGUGGUGGAGGACAUUGACCAGAUGGAGAGCUCGUUCGUCAGCCUGGCAGUGGCCCAUGACUCCCUGCAGGAGGACAUCGAUGCCAUGGUCUCUAUAUACAAUGAGAAGGAGGCCUGGUACAAGGAGGAGAGUGAAGACGUGCGCCACGAGCUCUCCCAAAUCCGCUACGAGUUCCGUAAGGUGGAGGCCUUCAAGAGGAGCCUGCAGGACGACAUGCAGGCGUUCAGCUGCAGCCUCGGCGCCGUCAGCAGCCGCUACCAGGAGAGACAGAGCCACUUCGAUGCUCUGCGGCAGGAGCUCAGCAACGAGCUGAAAUGGGUGCAGGAGGUGAUGGGGUCAUUUCCCAUGGACGGAGGCGGUGGAGGGUUCGCCAACUGCAACUUCUCCACCGUCUUCAACAACGACGUGAAUGAAGCCCUGAAGGAGCUGCUGAACCGCUCCUGUGGAGGAGAGCUGCUGUCCGGGAUCAACCUGGACUUUGAGACCGGACAGCAAAGAUAAAUGUUGAGUACCUCACAGUUAUUAUGAAACCACAGGAGGCUGUAAUGUAGCAGUGUGUUGGUAAAGACACGUAACGGCUUUUCAUCUGUGUAUUUUCUCUAUAACUUAUUAUAAACUGCAUAAAAACAUGUAUUGGUAUUAUGGGUGUUUGUUAAAGGGACAGUUCACCCCCAAAUCAAAAUACAUAUCUUUCCCUUGACCUGUAGUGCUGUCUAUCAGUCUAGAUAGUUUUGGUGUGAGUUGUCGAGUGUUGGAGAUAUCGCCCAUAGAGAUGUCUGCCUUACCUCCAGUAUAAUGGAACCAGAUGUCACUCAGCUUGUGGAGCUCAAAGUGCCAAAAAAUACAUUUGAAACCAAUGUGUCUUUCAAGAAAUCAUCAGUUACUCAAGAUAAUCCACAGACCUUGUUGUGAGCAGUUUCAUGUAGGAACUAAUUUCUUGCAACUGAACUACACCUGCUAACUGUAUCACUGCGCAGAAGGAGACGUGCAUCUACUCAUGGAUGAGAGACUUGUGCAUGUGACAGCGCGAGAUGUAAACAUUAAUGGCAUCCUCCUCAGCUGAGCUGUAACGUGAGCUAGCUCGGUCAGUAUGUUCACAUGACAUGAGAAAAAAUUGGUUUAUUGUGUCUGUCCGACUGAAACCAGACUUUUAAAAUCCAUGUAAACAUGUUAGUCUGACUGAAACGUGCUAAAUUUGUCACAGUGGGACUAACACACCCAGAUCAUGUGACUCCUGCAUGUAUACAGUCAAUCAGACCCAAACUGGCCGAGGCGCUCUGAGCAUGCUCCACAGUUUCCGCCCCGGGCUUUGACCCGGAAGUCCAAUAGCAUUAAAUGUGUAAGAGAAGAAGAAGCCGGUAACAACAUGGAGAAAUCUACAUCCAGAGCCGUGACUUUUUGGACGGACCAAAUGUACAGAGCUGUAAAGUUGUCCACCAUGGUAGCAGUUAGCUGCUAGCUAACCGUAGCUAACUUGUUUGUCCAUUGUUUGGUCUGUGACGUAAUAGGUCAACAGGAAAAAGGUCCAAUACUAACAAGCUGAAAGGGGGCAUAUCUCCACCUAUCGUAGAGGAGGCGCACAUACUUGGCUCAAUAAAUGGAUUCCCCUCCCGUGCUUGUAUACUGGGACAAGGACAGUAGGCCAGUUAGAUGUCCUCGUCCAGCUGGGACUGGAGCUCCACUUCACUGUGACUGGAAACACACUGAGUGGUGCAUGGUGAGUUAGCAGUAGAUGCACACUUCCUUCUGUGCGGUGAAGCAGUUUUAGAGGAACUGCGUCUGGUUCAUGCAGACUGAGCUACAUAGCUGUAUUCAUUUUCACAGUUUUUGUUUUGGUGGUAAAAAUGACCUCAGGAUUCAUUUAAAAUGUCAUUCAACUCAAAUUGCGGUCACCCUGGAUGGGCCGGCCCCAGACUUAGAUUUUUCCUAGUGAACCAGCAGUCCUCAUCAGGGUCCAUCAGUGGACCAACAGUCCUCAUCAGGGUCCAUCAGUGGACUAGUCUCCUGCAUGUUUCUGAUAUUGCUGCAAUGAUGAAAUGAUAUAUUUUGGUGGUUUGAGUUGAAGGUGUGAGAAAGAAUAGUAUCAGUAACAUUGUUAACACUGUGCUACAUUACAGAGAAAUACAAACCGUACUAAUGAACCUUCAUUAAUAUAGGCCUAUAUUUUAUCUCCAAGUGCACGUCACACACUGAGCGAGCCGCCUGUUAAUGACGCUGUGGGCUAAUGGGCAUGUAGCUACUUCCAUGUUUCACAUGAUACGUCAUGUUUGUAGUCGACCAAUGAAGAUGAGUUUACAUAUCACCUUGGGUUCGUCCUUCACCUUCUCAAAAUGAUCCCACACUUUGGAUUUCCUGCCCGACAUGUUAUUAACUAGCCUGUGGAAUAACCGCAGGUACCAGCCCUGGAGAUUAACCUGACUCCUGUCUGACUGCUGAGCGUGGACACUUCCUGUGUCUGUCCUUUCAAAUUACAGUCACACAUGCUCCAGUCAUAUAGGUUUGGAUUUAUUUUGACAAGGUGCAGCUCCUGAUAGUUUCAUUUUUGUGAAUUUUUUUUUUCUGCGACUAAGCAACCAAUGAAAUUUUGCUGAUCAAUGACCUUUCUGGUCGACUAAGGUUUGGUCGUCUGUUGGGGAGGCAGUCUUACUUAGCAGUGAUGAUAGGUGUUGCCUGCAGGGAUCAGAGACGACGACCAGCUGAGACUUGAACCAGACUUCAGACCAGGAGAAGCUGCUCCUCCUGAAAUCAACACCCAGAGAGCUCCCUCCUUCACCAUAUGUAGACACUUUCUAUUCUGAGACCGCAUAUGGGACGCUCAUUUUGACUCGUAGCUGUGACUGUAUCACUAAAUCUUUUUACCCACAAUUUUUCUUGGGCCCUCCCUUCUUCUUCUCCUUCUCCUCCUUCGUCUCCUCCUUCUCCUCACUACUGGCAGAUUUAGGAAAAUGGUUCAGCACACAAAGUUUGUGAUAAAAAAUUGAUGCAGUCUCCAAAUGUGAGCGUGUUAACAUAAAAGGCAGCAUGAAUGACAGAAUCCAACAGACUGAACCUGCAGGAGACAAAGCAUGAAGCUUGUUUACCCCUCGGGAAGCUUCACACUGUCACAUUUAAAAGCAUUUUAGUGAACUGAAUGUACAGCAGUUAACCUUUUCACACCACUCUUUGAAAAAUGAGCUCUCUGAAUGACAUGGUGCUGUUGAAUGACUUCUUUGCCACCAAACAUUCUUUGUAAAUGAUUGCAACUAUGUAAUUAACAUUUAAACAAAAUGAUGUCGUAGCAAACAGAACAGACGAGGAAGCGUAAAGCAGCACCCAGUGUGCUUGUCACAGAUGUCAGGAGGUAUUAUGGUCAGGUACUCCACUGUGAUGGAUAAACUUGUGUGUCUCCAACACGUCUGCCCGUGUGACUCAGUUUGACAGUUAGAUACCUGACCUCAAACAUAUGAGGUGAUAGCAUCAUCUGAUCUAAUCCAUGUUUGUACUGAAAGUCCUGUGAUGCUGAAGUCUGUCAGCAGCCACAGAGCUGCAGCCUGUUUGUUCACUCAGAGCCCGUAACAACAGUUUAUUGGGCAGCUCGUUAUUCUCACAAAACUUUUCAAGUGUGUAAGUCCAGAUUAAAAUGAAGGCUGAGUUCAGUGAUAGGUGUCGUCUGAGGAAGAGGGCCGGAAGAAGGGACGGGGCCACUGGCCCAAAUCCCCCAGGAACAGUGCUGCGUUUUGAAGCCAAUUUGACCUACAGGGGCCAAACUUGGAAAUACAACUUCAAAAUGUGACAUCGUGCAACGAGGCCCAGAAGACUUUUUCUCAUAGAUUUACACGUGAAAGAGACGUCUGUAAAUCAGUGAGUACAGUUUUUUGAGUGUCACAACCCCCACCGUGAUGCGAUCCAUUUGGUUAGAUAACAUGUCUCUAGCUUAUAUUGAAUUCUUUAUGCUUAUUUUGAAAUAUUUGAUUUGUCAGGCGGCCAGAAACACCACGUCUGAAUAGGCAACAGUUUAUAACAACAACUUUACAGCUAUAAUAUGUGAGGAGGACUGAGUUUUUCUGCCUUCAUUGACCAAAAAUCAAUCAUGCAACUUUGAGAGUGUUUUCACACUUGGUCCUUCUUGGCCCUCUAAAUGGACUCAGAGCGGUGACUCAGCAUUUUGUGUGCAUAUGUGAACACUCCAAGAGAACUCAGACCACCUCGGGAGGUCAGAGGUUACUGCAACUGCUGUUACAACAGAUGCAGAAACUACUCAGGCAGCAACCUGCGAACCGUCUCUGCAGCCUGCGUCCUCAAGGUGAACCUCUCAUGUUCACACCUACAGUACACCUGCAUUACUAAUACCAGACUGAAGAGUUGAUUAAUCAAUUAGUCAAAAGAAAAUGUCUCAGUGGCAUUGUAUUUGACAUUUGCAACAGCUUCUCAAAUAUGAGCAUUUGUUUUUUUAAAUUUUAAUUGUACAUGAAAUAUAAAAUAUAUAUUUAAAUAUCUAAGUUUUUAGAAAAUGAGUCAGCCAAAAAGGAUGUGAAAAGAUAUCAUCUUGUGAUUGUGCAACAACUGACUUUAAAAACAUAAACUUUGAUUAACUGAUUAAAAAACAACUUAAAGAGAUAAUGAAACCCUUGUGAUUAAUCCAGCUGAACUUGUUGAAAACGUUACAUGAGGAACAACAAAAGAAAGAAUGAAUUUUAAAAAAUGGUAACAAACAAAAACACAUUGGAGUCCAGUGAAACAUGGAGUCACCCAGGAACAAAAUCAACAAACAUCACAAACAAGCAAAAAUUAGAAUUACCGCCUCAUGGUUGUAUGACUCCGCCCACCAGUCCACCCUGUGGUUGUAUGACUCCGCCCACCAGUCCAUCCUGUGGUUGUAUGACUCCGCCCACCAGUCCAUCCUGUGGUUGUAUGACUCCGCCCACCAGUCCACCCUGUGGUUGUAUGACUCCGCCCACCAGUCCACCCUAUGGUUGUAUCACUCCGCCCACCAGUCCACCUUGUGGUUGUAUGACUCCGCCCACCAGUCCACCCUGUGGUUGUAUGACUCCGCCCACCAGUGUCUCUGGCAUUAUUGACUCAGUCCUACGAGUCUAUCUGACUAUAAUCUGACAAACUCAGUUCAGUCAGUACAACCACCAUGAUUUGCUUUGACUUUGAAAAGCUUAAUUAAGUUGAACCAACUUAAUAUUUAUCCAACAGUUGUGUAGACGUUCUAACUUAUUUAUUUUAGUUUCAUCCUACUCAAAAUUGUCAGAACAUGUUUUUGAUUUUAACCAGCUUUUAAAAAUAAGUUGUCAGAUAACUAAAACUAUUAAAUUUCACAAUUGUAAAUUUUUACGCUUGAAAAGCAUAUUUAUUUCAAGCAUUAUCGACUAACCUCAUUAAUCAUUUUUUAGAGCGAAGGAAUAAAUUGAACAGUGACAAUACA